AUGCUCCACAAGGCUCAAGACAAGGCUGUCACGUGCUGGGUACAGUUGCUCAAAUUGGACCCUGAAGAUUUUAAUACCCAGAGCCCGUCAACACGCGAAGCGCGUCUCCGCCGUCGCACCCCACUAACAUUAUCCUCAAAUGCGACAACCAAUGCGCCAUUCACGAUGCCACGCGAAAUCAUAACUCUCCAGGCAGGCCAGUGCGGCAACAGUGUGGGCAGCGAGUUCUGGCAGCAGCUAUGUCGCGAGCACGGUAUAAACCAAGACGGGAACCUCGAGGACUUUGCGACCGAGGGCGGCGACCGAAAGGACGUCUUCUUCUACCAGUCCGAUGACACGCGGUACAUUCCACGCGCCAUCCUUCUGGACCUCGAGCCGCGCGUCAUCAAUGGAAUACAGAACGGGCCUUAUAAGAAUAUAUACAACCCGGAGAACGUGUACAUACACAAGGAGGGCGCGGGCGCAGGCAACAACUGGGCGGCGGGGUACAGUAUGGGGUCGCAGAUUGAGGAGGAGAUCAUGGAUAUGAUUGACCGCGAGGCGGACGGCAGCGACUCGCUGGAGGGGUUUAUGAUGCUGCACAGCAUCGCCGGUGGCACUGGCAGCGGGCUGGGAAGCUUCCUGCUGGAGCGCUUGAACGACCGCUUCCCCAAGAAGCUGAUCCAAACGUACUCUGUGUUCCCGGACACGCAGAAUGCGUCGGACGUGGUCGUGCACCCGUACAACAGCCUUCUAUCCAUGCGCAGGCUGACAGAAAACACGGAUGCGGUGGUCGUCCUAGACAACGGAGCGCUGUCCCGCAUCGCGGCAGACCGGCUGCAUGUUCAAGAGCCUUCUCUCCAGCAGACAAACCAGCUCGUGUCCACGGCUAUGUCGGCCUCCACGACGCCGCUAAGGUACCCAGGCUACAUGCACAACGACCUGUGCUCCAUCGUCGCGUCUCUGAUCCCCACACCGCGAUGUCACUACCUUAUGACAUCGUACACACCCUUCACCUCCACCUCUGUUGAAGGUAACGUCAAAACAGUGCGCAAAACGACGGUCUUGGACGUCAUGCGCCGGUUGCUUCAGCCCAAAAACCGGAUGGUGACGAUGGCGCCCCGUAAGUCGUCCUGCUACAUCUCCGUCUUGGACAUCAUCCAGGGCGAGGCGGACCCGACCGACGUCCACAAGUCGCUGCUCCGCAUCCGCGAGCGAAACCUCGCCUCCUUCAUCCCUUGGGGUCCAGCCUCCAUCCAGGUCGCGCUGACCCGCAAGUCGCCUUACAUCCCGACACCGCACCGCGUCUCCGGCUUGAUGAUAGCAAACCACACGGGCAUCGCCACGCUGUUCAGGAGAAUCGUCAUGCAGUACGACAGGCUGAGGAAGCGCAACGCGUUCCUCGAGCAGUACAAGCGCGAGAGGUGCUUCGAGGAUGGGCUGGGCGAGUUCGACGAGGCGAGGGCCGUGGUCAUGGAGUGCGUGGAGGAGUACGAGAGUGCGGAGAGAGAAGACUAUCUGACCAGAGAUGUCGGAGGCGGGGGGGCAGAGUCAUGAACGCGCUACGUCAUGUAAGCAUGGAUGAGUGGCGUUCUUAGGAAAAUGGGAUGGGGGGUUUUUCAAAUCGGAACAAGGCAUGACAGCAUGACAUAUCAUAGGAUUUUCUUUUUCAUUCACUGAUGACAUAUGGCUCGUAAAUACUGGCGUAUGUCUUUGAUGGAGCAAGCAGCGGACAUACUCAGAACGUGCCGUCCCUCCGGCUCAGUUACUGAUCUACAUGUCUGACUUUCGAUGCCGUGUCGCCCAUGUUAUCAUUCAUACCAAGCACUGGUGUACAUCCUUUCGCGCUUCUUACUUAUACCUUUUGGGAUCUUUGCUCUUUGAUCUAACAUACAGCCAAUUCUCGCUCUCUUACUGAGGGCGGUCCGGCAAUGUAAAAUUGCAAUUGUCAUAUGCAAAUCGACGUGGUCCUAAGGUCAGCUACGUUCAUCACAUGCGUCUCACCAUGCGAU